GCAACACUGGCUCCGGACGGAAGGCUCACUGCGUUUGAACGGAGUCACGUGACUGUCGCACCGGUUGAAACCGACGGAAACCCGCGAGAGGCUCCAGCUGCAGACCUGCGCGAACGAACGGAUCAAACAUCCAGCAUAGAGUCCGGCUCCCCGGCUCCACACCCCCCGGUAUGUCCGCUGCUGUCUGCGUGCUGAAGACCCGCUGCUUCCUCCGGCAGCUCCUCCCCGGCCUGCCCGCCGCCAUGCACAGAAGCUACAGCCUGGAUGUCUCCGCUCCGCUCCUCCGGACGCAGGGCUACGUGGACGGCCGCUGGAUCUCCGCUGCCUCGGUGUUCCCCGUCCUAGAUCCGGCCACCGGGCAGGAGAUAGCCCGGGUGUCGGACUGCGGCCCCGCGGAGGCCAAGCAGGCGGUGGACGCUGCGUACAAAGCGUUUCACUCCUGGAAGCAGUACACGGCCAAGGAGAGGAGCGUCCUGCUAAGGAAAUGGUUUGAGCUGAUGACGCUGCACAAAGAUGAGCUCGCCCAGCUGAUCACGUUUGAAUGUGGUAAACCGAUGUGCGAGUCUCUCGGGGAGAUCUCGUACUCCGCCUCCUUCCUCGAGUGGUUUUCUGAGGAGGCGCGGCGAGUCUACGGUGACAUUGUGCCAUCUCCAGCCAAAGACAGAAAGCUCCUCCUCCUGAAGCAGCCGGUGGGCGUGGCCUCCAUCAUCACACCGUGGAACUUCCCCAGCGCCAUGAUCACCAGGAAGGUCGGCGCCGCGCUGGCUGCCGGCUGCACGGUGGUGGUUAAACCAGCUGAGGACACGCCACUUUCGGCUCUCGCUCUGGCAGAGCUGGCGGAGCAGGCGGGGAUCCCGGCAGGGGUGGUCAAUGUGGUUCCAUGCUCCAGAGAGUCGACGCCCUCGGUCGGGCAGGUCCUCUGCACAGACCCUCUGGUGGCUAAAAUCUCCUUCACUGGAUCCACGGCGACCGGGAAGGUGUUGCUGAAAAUGGCCGCUGACACCGUGAAGAAGGUAUCCAUGGAACUGGGUGGCCACGCCCCCUUCAUUGUGUUUGACAGCGCAGACCUUGACAAAGCGGUGGGCGGAGCCAUGGCAUCCAAGUUCAGGAACUCAGGCCAGACGUGCGUGUGCUCGAACCGGUUUCUGGUCCAGAGCGCCGUCUACGACCGCUUCGUGGAAAAGUUGGGGCGAGCUAUGGAUGCCGAGCUGCGUCUGGGUCACGGCUCGGAGCCCAACACCACGCAGGGGCCGCUCAUCAACACCCGCGCCGCAGAGAAGGUGCUACAUCAGAUUUCGGACGCCGUGUCCCGCGGGGCGAAGGUGGUAAAAGGCGGGAAGCGCCUCGAUGGCUCCUUCAUGGAGCCGACUCUGCUGGCCGACGUCACCGCCGACAUGCUGUGCACGAAGGAGGAAACCUUCGGGCCGCUCGUGCCCGUCAUCAGGUUUAACACGGAGGAGGAGGCUCUGGCUAUUGCUAACGCGACCAGCGUCGGGCUGGCAGGUUACUUUUACUCACAGGAUGUGAGUCAGAUCUGGCGGGUGGCGGAGGCGUUGGAGGUGGGGAUGGUCAGCGUCAAUGAGGGGCUGCUGUCCACGCCAGAGGCCACGUUUGGUGGGGUGAAGGAAUCCGGCAUGGGCCGCGAGGGCUCCAAGUACGGCGUCGACGAGUACCUGGAAGUGAAGUACAUGUGCUUUGGAGGCCUCAAACCGUGAGGAGGAAGAGGAGGCGGUACAAAAGCUGUGACUCGGUGGAGGUGGUCGGAUUCUUUUAUUAACACGUGAUAACUCCUUCAAUAAAGUUUGAAUUCAUGCAGGAUCAAAAACGUCCAACAUCGGACUUUGUAAAUCACAUUUUGAAUCAGCUGUCGCUUCUACGCUCACACACUCGGCACCAGCACGAAGCUUAAACUUAUCUGAACCCGUCUCAGACUGGUUGAACUGCCCAAACUCACACCAGUAGGAGGCGCUACUCAGUCCGUUUAUCUGCCCUGUCUGCUGUGAUUGGCUAUCAGUGUUAAGGGAUUGUAAACUGAAGGGGAGGGGCUAACAAACCGCCACAUUGUGAUGAAACUUGUUUUUAAAAAUUAUUUUCUGCUUCACCCGUGGCGCAGCGAGUGUCCAUAAAGCUUCCAACUCGCAUGAAUCCUCCUGAAUCGUGAAACUUGAUUCAUUCCUAAAGAAAUUGUGCGUGAUGAGAGACGCGCCUUUGGAAACGAAGCCGACAGAGCGACAGCCGGCGCCGCAUCGAGCCAUGAAAACACGAACGGGUGCAAACCUGUCGACUCGGCUCGUCUACGUGUGAAACGCUCUCGUAGCAGUUUAAUACCUGGAUGUUUGUCUGUGACUUUAGCUGAUGGGGUCAAAGUUCAUGUGUGCGUUUUGUAUUCUGACCACAUUAAAGACGAGUUUGUGUUA